AUGCUUCAUGGUGGCAACUUUUGGUGCAUCUCUGAUUCAGUCAAUAUUGGCUCAACUAAUUUGUGUGAUAUGCAUUUGCUUGCAGCUGAUGAGCUGAUCAGAAAACAUAGAACACAAGCCAUCAUUGGGCCUCAAACUUCAGCUGAAUCCGAGUUUGUCGCCUACCUUGGGAAUCACACGCAUACUCCUAUACUCUCCCUGUCACCAAUCUCUGCAUCAUCGAUGCCCUUCUUUCUGCACACUGCACCUGAUGAGUCCUUUCAGGUUGCGGCAAUUGCUGCAAUCCUUGAUAUGUUCACAUGGCGCACUGCUACCGUGCUGUAUGAAGACUCACCAUAUGGAGCUCACAUCCUCCCGGCACUCUUUUUCGCUCUUCAGGGUUACAAUUUACAUCUCAUGGAUAGUAUAGCUUUGCCGGUUGGUAUGACUGGGGACUACCUCAAUCAAAUACUCUACAAUAUCAAGGAGACGCCCACAAGAGUGUUCAUUGUGCAUAUGCUCCCGGAUUUAGCUGCUCGCGUCUUCUACCAGGCGACUGUCGCUGGCAUGAUGUCUGAUGGGUAUAUCUGGAUAGCCACUUCCAGUAUUGGCACUGUCGUGGAUAGCCUCAGUCCUGACAAGAUUGAUCAUAUGCAGGGGGUCGUCACCCUCCGGCCUUAUGUGGAGGCAACAGCUCAUGUCAUGAACUUCACUGCAAGGUUCAAUGCAAGGUUUAGAUUGGAAAAUCCAGGCAUUAACGAUGUACACAACCCAAGCACGCAGCUGCUCUGGGCUUACGACACGGCAUGGGCUCUUGCCAAAGCAGUACAUAUUGCCAGAGUAUCCAGCUCAACACCUGGGAGAACACUUCUGGGCGCUAUGCUCAACACAACAUUUGAUGGCAUGGCUGGGAGGUUCAUGCUGGUAAAUGGGCACCUUCAGCUAUCGUCGUAUGAGAUUAUUAACAUUGUUGAUAAAGGUGCAAGGACGGUCGGUUUCUGGACACCUGAGUCUAGGAUCAUCAAGAACUUGAAAACCAGCGGGGCGAAAGGGCUGAAACAAAUACUCUGGCCAGGUCAUCUAGCCACUACUCCAAAAGGGUGGGAUGUGUCAUCGAAUAGAUCGCCUCUUCGUAUCAUCGUGCCUGAAAAGCAGGGUUUUAACCAGCUUGUUGAGGUCUCCUACAGCCGUGCAGCCAACAGUUUUACUGUCAGAGGCUACUGUAUUGAUAUUUUUGACAUGCUCAUGAAGAACUUGCCCUAUCCAGUGGCCUACCAUUAUGUGCCAGUUAUUGAUAGCUCAAGCAGUUAUGACAGUCUUCUUAGCCUCGUGCGUGAAAAGAAAGCUGAUGGCAUGGUCGGUGAUACGACCAUCACAAUGAGCAGGAUGAAUAAGGUGUCCUUCACGAUGCCCUUCACUGACACGGGAUUAUCAAUGGUAGUGGUAAUGAAGAAAGAAACGGAUGUGGGCAUGUGGAUAUUCCUGCAGCCACUGACAACUACCCUCUGGAUCGCCAGCCUUGGCUUCUUCUGCUUUACUGGUUUUGUUGUGUGGGUUAUUGAGCACCGAAUCAACCCUGAAUUCUAUGGCACACCUUCGCAGCAGUUUGGCACUGUCUUCUACUUUGCUUUCUCAACUCUCGUCUUCUCCCAAAAGGAGAAGCUACAGAGCAACCUGUCAAGGUUCAUGGUUAUCAUAUGGGUAUUUGUCGUGCUUAUUCUAACAUCAAGCUACACGGCGAACUUAACGUCCGUGUUGACAGUCCAGCGGCUCCAGCCGACAGUGAAUAGUGUGCAAGAUCUCCUAAGAAGUGGUGAUUACGUGGGGUAUCAGAAGGGCUCCACUGUAGCAUACUGGCUUGAGGGAAUGGGCUUCCGCCAGGAAAUUUUACUGGGCUAUAACACCGUGGAGGAGUAUGCUGACGCCCUACAGAGGGGAUCUGGCAAUGGAGGGGUAUCUGCAAUAUUUGAUGAAAUCCCUUACCUAAAGGUCUUCCUUUCAAAGUACCGUGAAGGUUACACCAUGGUUGGCCCGACCUACAAGUUGGGAGGCUUUGGGUUUGCUUUCCCUAUAGGGUCACCAAUGGUAAACGACGUAUCACAGGCCAUCUUUUUUCCUGAAGUACAGGAGGAGAUGGAACGAAUAGAGAAGAAAUGGUUCGGUGACCCGGGAGCUUCUCAGAGCAAGAGCCGCAACAUCGACUCGUCCAGCCUUGGCUUCAACAGCUUCGGUGGGUUGUUCCUCAUCAGUGGCACUGUGUCAGGCCUUGUGCUCCUUAUCCACCUCUUAAGUUUCAUCUACCAUGAUGGUGGCAAGCUUUGGGCCACGUCAUUGCAUAAAUGGCUGGAUUUCAUUGCCGUCGCCAAGGACUGGAGGUUGCCGAUCUUCAAUGGGCAAUAUAUCUGUUCUUCGAGGAAUGGUGUCGAUGUGAACCAGCAUCAUGGAGCUACAACAGAGGCUGCUGACAUGCGUGACUCACACUUCUGA